CUCCAAGACACACCCUUGGCUCACAACAAACAAGUAGUACUACACAGCCAAGUGAUAUUUCUUGAUCUCCUGGCUACUACUACCUGUGCUAAGCUGCUUGAUUACACAUUGCUCUUACAAUGUCCAAUAUUAGCAGCGUCAUUUCCGGCAUCAUCAGCCGGCGGUGCUACGGCGUGUACGCGCGGGCGGUGGUGACCACGCGCGCCUCCGACGCAGCGGCGGCCGGCCGGCGAACGGACGUCGCUUCGGCGGCGACGGCGGCGACGGCGAAGAGAGACGUGGCCUGGAUGCGGGACCCGAAGACGGGGUGCUGGGCCCCGGAGAACCGGGUGGAUGAGGUGGACGCCGUCGACCUCCGCAACCUGCUGCUCAACUACAAGUGACUAUAUAUAUAUAUAGCUAAUUGAAAGUGAGAAAACCAAAUUAAUGAUCGAUCGAUGGGUGGAUCAGAGUGAUCGUAGUUACGCAUAUAUACUUGCAUGGAGCUAGUUUUAGAAUAACCAGUGCAUAAUUUACUCUCAUCUACGUGGCAAGCCACUAGCAUGCAUGGUACCACAACAUAUUUACUGCAAGAUCUAGUGCAAGUUACAGCAUUGGAUCUGAUCUAUAUAUACGUGUGUUCAGUAACAGUGACA